GAGGACUCGCGGCUCGUUCGUGUCCGACAGACAGACGCAGCGGCGGGCUAAGCGGGCUAAUCAUGGUGAACGUAAAGAAGCGGAAAGGUCGGGUCGUUAUCGACUCCGACUCGGAGGACAGUGCCAGCGACGACAAUCUGGACCAGGAGCUGCUGAGCUUAGCCAAGAGGAAGAGGGUGGACUCGGAAGGACAAGAGGAGCCUGUCAGUAAACCUGCAGCAUCUACAGACUCUGAGACGUCUGACAGUGACGAUGAGUGGACUGUUGGAGGCACCAAAGCCAAGAAGAAGGUGAAGCCCAGUAAAGGAGCAGAAAAGAAGAAUGCUACAAAGAAAAGAGUGAACAAAGCAGCUUCAUCUGGCAGCUCGGAUGGAGACAGCUCAGCAGAGAGUUCAGCUCCAGAGGAAGGUGAGGUUUCUGACUCUGAGAGCAACAGCUCCUCCUCCAGCUCCGAUUCAGACUCCUCAUCGGAGGACGAAGUGUUCCGGGAUGGGUAUGGAGACGAUCUCAUGGGAGACGAGGAGGACCGAGCACGUUUGGAACAGAUGACGGAGAAAGAAAGAGAGCAGGAGCUCUUCAACCGUAUCGAGAAGAGAGAGGUGCUCAAACGGAGGUUUGAAAUCAAGCAGAAACUGAAGACUGCAAAGAAAAAAGAAAAGGAAGAGAAGAAGAAGAAGCAAGAGGAAGAGCAGGAAAAGAAAAAGCAGUCUCAGGUCACAGACACUCAGGUGGUGAUGUCGCAUAAUAAAGAGAGGAGGUCUAAGAGGGAUGAGAAGCUGGACAAGAAAUCUCAGGCCAUGGAAGAGCUGAAAGCAGAGCGUGAGAAAAAGAAAAACAGAACAGCUGAGCUCCUGGCCAAACGGCAACCUCUGAAGACCAGCGAGGUGUACUCUGAUGAUGAAGAGGAGGAAGAGGAAGAUGACGACAAGUCAUCGGUAAAAAGUGACCGCAGCUCAAGAUCUUCGUCCUUCGAUGAGGAAGAAGAGAAAGAGGAGGCGCCUCCUAAGUCUCAGCCAGUGUCGUUGCCUGAGGAGCUGAAUCGGAUCCGUCUUUCGCGGCACAAGCUGGAGCGGUGGUGCCACAUGCCGUUCUUCGCCAAAACCGUUACCGGAUGUUUUGUACGGAUUGGCAUCGGCAACAGCAGCAGUAAACCUGUCUACCGGGUGGCUGAAAUUGUGGAUGUGGUUGAAACGGCAAAAGUCUACCAGCUGGGAUCUACAAGAACAAACAAGGGGCUACAGUUACGGCACGGCAAUGACACUCGAGUAUUUCGGCUCGAGUUUGUGUCCAAUCAGGAAUUCACAGAAAAUGAAUUCAUGAAGUGGAAAGAUGCGAUGAUUGUUGCUGGAAUGCAAAUUCCUACUCUGGAUGAGAUCACCAAAAAAGAGCAAUCCAUCAAAGAGGCCGUCAACUACAAAUUCAAUGACAAAGACAUUGAGGAUAUUGUGAAAGAGAAGGACAGAUUCCGAAAGGCGCCGCCAAACUACGCUAUGAAGAAGACGCAGCUCCUCAAAGAAAAGGCGAUGGCUGAGGAGAGUGGAGAUGGUGAGCGAGUGAAAUCGCUGCAGGAUCAGUUGAAUGAACUGGAGGAGAGGGCUGAAGCACUAGACAGACAGAGAACCAAAAACAUCUCUGCUAUCAGCUAUAUCAACCAGAGGAACCGGAGCUGGAACAUCGUGGAGUCUGAGAAAGCUCUGGUGGCUGAGGGUCAGAACUCUAAGAACCAGCAGAUGGACCCUUUCACAAGACGACAGUGCAAACCAACUAUGGUGUCCAAUGCCAGAGAUCCUUCUGUCCAUGCUGCUAUCCUCGCCCAUCUUAAUCAGAAGUACGGUUCAGGCUCAGGAUCUGCUCAAGACAACACACAGCAGGCCAACAAACAGGGACAGAGCAACCCGAGAGAUAAAGAUGUUGCAAAGCCAACCAGCGAUCUCUCUGAGGAUCUGUUUAAAGUUCACGAUUUUGACGUGAAAAUCGACCUGCAGGUUCCCAAUGCUGAAGCCAAGUCACUGUCGGUCAGUUCCAAUGCCCUGCCGGUCAAGGACGGAGCUCCUCGCCGGUCGCUCAACUUGGAAGACUACAAAAAGAGACGAGGCCUCAUAUGAUCCCACCCCUUUCCUUUCCUUCCCCCUCCUACUCCCCACCCUUCUCCUGCUCCAUCUCUUCCUGCAUGUGUUAGCAAACUGCACCAGGGAACUGAGACUGAGGCUGAAGCUUCACAACCCCAAGCCCUCCCUGCCAUCCCACCCUGAGAGUGAGCGAGAGAGUGAGCGAGAGAGUGAGCGAGAGAGUGAGCGAGAGAGUGAGCGAGAGAGUGAGCGAGAGAGUGAGCGAGAGAGUGAGCGAGAGAGUGAGCGAGAGAGUGAGCGAGAGAGUGAGCGAGAGAGAGAGUGAGCGAGCGAGAGAGCGAGCGAGAGAGCGAGCGAGAGAGCGAGCUUGUAUACAUGCAUACCUUUGUGAGAAAUUGUGAGGAGCGCGUGUGAUUCAAGAGAGCGUGAGACUUAUUCUCGUGAACGUGAGAAGAAACAUGACAAUUUCAUGAAAUAUGACAACUGUUUCAAGUGGUUUUCUUUUUUCAUAAGCUUACUUUUUAGGAAGGAUAUUGUCCACUGGUUCAUUUACAGAGAUGUACGUGACACAUUUGUUUCCUCUUUAGUCUUGGCUUAUUUUCUUUUCCGUUUUCUUUUCUUUCUUUUGAAAUGUCCAUGUUUUCAUCCCAGUCUUCAUAGGUGAACGACUUUUAUAUCUCACCCACCUUUGAGGGAAACUGAACUUUAUGAAUGACCGUCUUAACGAAGGACACUAUGACAUUAAUCUGUGGAUAUUGGAGGACUUUUAUAUGAGCGUGUUUUCCCCAGAAGCUUUUUAUCCGUCUUUGUGGAAUGAGGUCAAGCGUGGCCUGACCCCGACCCCUGUUUUGACUUGGUUCCUCCUCCUUAACAGAUGUUUCUGCCCAAUUUCAGCAUCUGAGGAUCUGAAGAAGGAAAAUGAGAGACUAAUAAUGACAUUACACUCCUCUAACGGACAAAUCCUGCUCAUUUUUGAACAAAUAAGAAAAAAGCGUGUUGAAUACCUCUGUUCAGUUGGAGAUAUGGAGAGCUGAUUGUUUUUUUUUUUGUUUUGAUUUUAUUUCUUUGAUCUCCCUCUGUUCCCCUCAGAGCUCAUAUGUGUUAUUGACUAUUGAUCAUUGGUUAUUAAUGACGUCCUUUAGUCGGUUCUCGUAGUGAUGUGGCAUGCCUUGUAAAUAAGAUUUGGCCAUUUGGGACGAGUGCGGAGAAAUAAAGAAAGCACUGUUUCUUACUGCC